AACGACUUAAUAAGAGACCCAGUGAAGAACUCAGCAACUUCAUCACCACCAAAUUCAUUACCAACUUCCAUUCUUUUUCCUCUCUACUCUUUUCCUCAUUCCUCACUCUAAUUCUCGCUCCCGUUUCUUCACCGGACAAAUUGCUUUUUGUGUUCCUUCAAACCUUUUCUCCUUGCUGAUCUUCCGGCCGGAGAGGGGAUAUAUAUCUUUUGGAUCUUUCAAACGCUUUUGUUUUGACUUCGUUUUCUGCGCUUCUUCUUUCUCCCAUGGCUAUGGACGAUACUGAAAGCUGUAGUAGUAGACCGGUGGAUGACUUCUCAGUUCAGACUUGGAGACAGAAGCAGAAGGUUGGUGUUUACGACGAAGUUCUUCGUCGACUCAGGCUGUCUCACGAAGCGGAGACCAGCCUUCCUGGUUUUGAGGAUGAACUCUGGGCUCAUUUUCAUCGACUUCCUACUAGGUAUGCUAUGGACGUCAAUGUAGAGAGGGCUGAAGAUGUUCUCAUGCACAAAAAUCUUCUCUAUAUGGCACAUGAUCCUGCUACUCGACCUGCAAUUGACGUCCGUCUCGUACAGGUUCAUUCAUCUCCUGGCAGGAACUUUGGCAAGUCAGUUAAUUGGAGCUUGAAGGAAAAAGUGGACCAGGAGCGGUUUUCUGGUUAUGACAGCAAUCAGAGGCAGGGUUAAGUGAAGAUUUGAACUUAACUGUAUAUUUGGGAUUUCAAGGAUAUUAUAACUACAAUUUUUUAUUUUAAUUUUUCUCCAUAUAUAAGCAGACACCACCCCCCACCAGCAUUUGGUUCAUCAACACGGGUCGAAUAUGGUUCUGAGACCAGCCAAUUACAUGAUAUAGACCAACCGGGGACUUUCUCCUGGUAAAUGAUGGUCUGAGAUCUGAGUAGUUUUUAGGACAUGCCUCAAUGGCUCUGUUCUUAUAGUUUGUCCUUUUUUCCUUUUUAUUAUCUGUACUAUAAAUGCUUGAUAUCGUGACCUUAAAAUUCUUUACCACCAAAAUUUCAGUGAUUCCUCCAUGUCACUUUAAUAAGAGUUCAAUGGCCCCUUCUGUUCUUA